AUGGCGGCAACGUCGGCAGCGGCGGCCGUGACGAUCAAAGCAAUUGACGCCUCGGCUGUGCAUCGCAUUCAGUCUGGCCAGGUCAUUGUCAACUUGUGCUCCGUCGCCAAGGAGCUCGUCGAGAACAGCCUCGACGCCGGCGCCACGAGCAUCGAGGUCCGCUUCAAGAACCAGGGACUCGACGCUAUCGAGGUCCAGGACAACGGUUCCGGCAUUGCCCCGCAAAACUAUGCCAACCUCGCGCUCAAGCACUACACCUCCAAGCUCGCCACCUACGACGACCUCGACACUCUCCAGACCUUUGGCUUCCGCGGCGAGGCGCUGUCGUCGCUGUGCGCUCUCUCGCGCUUUUCCGUCACGACAUGCCUGGCGGCCGACGUCCCCAAAGGCACACGGCUUGACUUUGAAACAUCCGGCCGGUUGGGGUCGACGAGCGUCGUCGCCGCGCAAAAAGGCACCACCGUCUCCGUCGAGGGCCUGUUUUGGAACCUGCCCGUGCGCCGGCGCGAGCUCGAGCGCAACAUCAAGCGUGAGUGGGCCAAGGUCAUUGGGCUACUCAACCAGUACGCCUGCAUCCAGACGGGUGUCAAGUUCACCGUGUCGCAGCAGCCGAGCAAGGGCAAGAAGGUCGUCCUCUUCUCCACCAAGGGCAACGCCGCUACGCGCGAAAACAUUAUCAAUGUGUUUGGCGCCAAGACCAUGGGCGCGCUGCUCGCGCUCGACCUGACCCUGGAGAUGGCCGCGACCAAGCGCACCACAACAAGCAUCGGAGGUGCAUCGCCCACCCACAAUGUCCACGUCAGCGGAUACGUCUCGCGGCCUGCACACGGCCAGGGCCGCCAGACCCCGGACCGCCAGAUGUUUUACGUCAACGGCCGGCCGUGCAAGCUGCCGCAGUUUGCCCAGCUGUUUGGCGAGGUCUACCGCUCCUACAAUAGUGGACAGUCGCCGUUUAUAUUUGCCGACAUCCAACUCGACACGCAUCUGUACGACGUCAAUGUCAGCCCGGACAAGCAGACCAUCCUGCUGCAUGAUCAAGGUCGUAUGCUGGACACGCUGCGCGAGUCGCUCAUUGAGCUGUUUGAGAAGCAGGACAUUACUGUGCCCAUCGGGCAGCUGUCCUCCCAGAAGCUGACUGCCUUUAAGAAAGCAGCAGCACCGCCUUCUGCGCCAUCGUCUGCUGCUGCCACCGCGAGUGCCAAGAGUGCACCCCUGUCAAGGCCGGUACAGGGCAAAGAGAGCGAUGACGAAGAGGCUGGUGAACAGCGGCUGCCACAAGUUAUCGCUGAGACUCCUGCUGGGGAUGUCGAUCGCUCUGGCCACAACACCAAUAAUGCAAGCAGUGCUGUAAAAGACGGCACAGAUGAGCCUGAAGCUGCACAAGUCAGGGAGGAGAUCUCCGCCUCAUUGCCAACACCAAACCAAUACCAAGCACGAGAGGACGCAUCGAACGUCGUUGUGUACCCCGGCCCGCGCAAGCGACUGUCCGAUGAAAUCGCGACUGUGACCGUCGGUGGUGCAACUGUGUCGAUGCCUGUCUUGUCCAGCGCCAGCGCAAAGCGGCCGAAAACCACAGCCGUUGGCAACUCGGCACGAGACAGCCGGCCUAUGGCCGCAACGGCCGCAACCAAAGGGCAGAAAGCGAAGAGGACAAAGGCACAAUUGCCGUCUUUCGGAGGGCGUUUAACGCAAAUGUUUUCUGCUGCAAGACGCCCAUCGCAAGAGGAUGAGGAAGAGGCCGAUGAGGUGAUGGACGACGGGGACGAAGAGGAUGACGAUGCCGAAGAAUUCAUCGGCGAAGACGACGGAACAGAGAGAAGCUCUGAAGAUGAAGACGUCGACGAAGAAAUGGGCCACAGGCCAGAUGCAGAAGUUGACGACGAGGCUGAUGAAGAUCUCCAUCAAGAAAUGCCCGGCGAUGAUGGGGGUGACAAAGAUCCGCUCAGUGCAGAGAACGACGAUGACGAUGACCACCUGUCAAAUCCAUUGCCAACGGAGAACACCACAAUGAAACCAAAAACACCGGACGAGCACCAUCAAAUGGACGAUGUUGAAGACAUUGUACGCGAUGCUGGUAGAGCGCCGGAGGAAGUCGAGGUUGAAGCCGACGAAGAAGCCGACGAAGAAGCCGACGAAGAGGACGACGAUGGGGAUGGAACCGAUCCUGUCCUCCAAAACGGCCGUUCUUCUACCACUACGGAAGCACGUGGAUAUACCGACGAAGAGAAGCGCAGUCGCGUCUUUUUGAAACCAGGCGGCUCCAAAAAGCGGCACGAGACUCUGCAGCUCGUCCAAGUCCUCAAAACCAACGAAGCCCUGGUUAGAAAGCAGGCCCUGUCAUGGCACACGUCAUGCUCGCAAAACGAGGGCAACGGUGACAAAAAAUCCCGGAGUGCCGCCGGCGAUGGGAACGACGACGCCCGUACCGACACAAGCGGCGGCCUUGACGACACUGAGGCCGUCGCAGAGGCCAAGCUCGCGCUGACCAUUGUCAAGAGCGACUUUGCCAAGAUGCGCGUCAUUGGGCAGUUCAACCUGGGCUUUAUCCUUGCCGUCCGCGAAGCGACCCGCGUGGGCGAAGAGGACGUCGAUGACGACGGUGACGUUGACGGCGCUGACGGCGAACGUGGUGCUAGGCAGAGCGCUGCGCCCAAACUGGACGACGAGCUCUUUAUCAUCGAUCAGCACGCGUCCGACGAAAAGUACAACUUUGAGCGCCUGCAGGCCAGCACCGUCGUCCAGUCCCAGCGGCUCGUGCAGCCCAAGCGCCUCGAGCUCACCGCCGUCGAGGAAGAAAUCGUCCUCGAGCACCUGCCUGCGCUCGCCGCCAAUGGGUUCGUCGUCGACGCCGUCCUCGACGGCUCGGAGCCCGUCGGCAGUCGCUGCCGCCUGCGUACCCUCCCGCUGAGUCGCGAGACGACCUUUGACUUGACGGAUCUGGAGGAGCUGAUUGCCCUCCUCGGCGACCACGGCGACAGCCACGACCAUGGCCGUGAUCAUGACCACGGCGGGGCGUGCCGGGCAGCCAGCUGA